AUGUCCAUAUGUGAGUUAUCUGAGGAAAAGAAAAUAAGAAUCAUCUGCGAACUGCUACGUCAGGCCCCUCCUAAUGAAUUCAAUCAUAUCUUUGAAGAUCUCCGCAUUUUGGUUAUGGACGAUCAGCUGAUGAGGAAUAAAGCUGCUCAAGAGUGUGCCUAUCACAACAAGAUGAACAUUACAGCUGUGAAAUUACAAGGUGGAAAUUCUCUAGUGACUCGCUACAAUGAUCUCAGAGGGAAUCGCUUCUUUGAUCCACAAAGCACAUUUUCGUUCAGAUUUGAUCACCUGAGUGGAAGAAUUGAUAAAUAUUUGCUUCAAGGCACUAUAGCAGAUGAUGCAGAAUUAUGGAGAUCAACGCUUAAUGUUGCUUUAAAGUCAUACGUGAAGAACCACUUCCCUUCAGGAACUUGCUGCGUUUUCAGAAAAACACUCAAGACCAGCCCUUUUUUUGUGGUCUGCAUUGAAAGUCAUCAAUAUCAGCGUUUAGGAUUCUUUAAUGCCCUUUGGACUUCAGAGUGGACAUUUGCCUUCACCCCACCUACGACAGAGGUCACCGGGAACUAUCAUCUGCAGAUACACUGUUUCAAAACAGCUAACUGGCACUUGACAGUCAACAAAACGGUGGAGAGGUCUGUGUCCUUAAUUAACCGUGUCCAGCUCGCUAUGGAGUUUACACAAUUAAUUGAAGUGGAGGACAAUGAAUUUCAGAAGGCUUUGGAAGAAAACCUCCAAGAAUUGUCAGUUGAUCUAUGGAGAACACUACGGAGGAGGAUUCCUGUCACUCGCACUGUCAUUCACUGGGAUAAACUGCUGAAUAGACGGACCACAAAGGAGAAAGCAGCUGGAAGCAUUAUAUCUUUACACAGGCUGAAGGGCCUUGCAUGA